UUCUCCCUCCCAGUGUUCCCAGUGCUCCUUCCAGCACCCGCAGCUCCCUCCUCCCAGUCCGCAGGGGCAGCAGGGCUCAGUGGGUCGUCCCGUCUCUGCGGGGGCCAUGCCGGGUGUCGGGGUGCUCCCCAGCCCCGCUGAGGCUUUGCCCGGCAGAGCUCAGAGGCUGCUGGUGGCAGCCACCCACGCCAUCAAUGGGAACCCCAUGCUCCCACCCUUCCCAGAGGAGAUGCAGACAGCCAUUUUCGGCAUGGGGUGCUUCUGGGGAGCAGAGCGGCUCUUCUGGAAGAUGCCAGGGGUCUUCUCCACCCAGGUGGGCUAUGCAGGAGGCUUCACCCCCAACCCCACCUAUGAAGAAGUGUGCACAGGACUGACGGGGCACGCCGAGGUGGUGAGGGUCAUCUUCAACCCCCAGAAGGUCAGCUAUGAGGAACUUCUCAAAGUCUUCUGGGAGAACCAUGACCCCACACAAGGCAUGCGGCAGCAGGAGGACCUGGGCACCCAGUACCGCUCUGUCAUCUACACGCUGGGCCCCCAGCAGCAGGCGGCUGCCCUCCACAGCAGGGCAGUGUACCAGCAGGAGCUGAGGGAGCGGCGGCAGGGGGACAUCACCACUGCCAUCGAGCCGGCUGGUGACUUCUACUACGCCGAGGACCACCACCAGCAGUACCUGCACAAGGUGCCUGGGGGCUCCUGCGACCCGAAGGGCACCGGCGUCACCUGCCCCAUCACAGCCUGAGGGGCCACCUCGUGCCCCCUGGCUUGUCCCCAUGUCCCCAGCGUUGCAGGCAGGGUGGGGAGAGCAGCCAGCCCCACAUGCCAUGGCCAGCCCCACACACCGCAGCUCUCACACUCCCCAUUGCCCUGGCAGGAUUAAAGCCACGUGCCCCCC